AAUCUUUAAAAAAAAUACAAAAUAAAUAAACAAAAAAAAAAGAGAAAGAAAAAAAAAUCCGAACAUCACGUCGUUCAAGUCGUUUAACCCGCCUGGAAGUGGCCGUGACCUCUGACCUAUGGAAAUUCACUGCAAGCACGACCCGUUCGCCGCAAUGCAUAGGCACGGAGGGGUGAACCAGCUUGGGGGGGUGUUUGUGAACGGGCGGCCGCUGCCUGAUGUGGUGAGACAAAGAAUUGUAGAGUUGGCGCACCAAGGUGUCCGGCCAUGCGACAUUUCCCGCCAGCUUCGCGUCAGCCAUGGCUGCGUCAGCAAGAUCCUGGGCAGGUACUACGAGACGGGCAGCAUCAGGCCUGGCGUGAUUGGAGGAUCCAAACCAAAGGUUGCUACACCCAAAGUCGUCGACAAAAUCGCCGAUUACAAACGCCAAAACCCCACCAUGUUUGCCUGGGAGAUACGAGACCGACUACUGGCCGAGAGAGUGUGCGACAAUGAUAGCGUUCCCAGCGUCAGCUCAAUCAACAGGAUCAUUCGCACUAAAGUCCAGCAGCAGCCUGGCCAAUCAGGAAGCGUCUCUGCGCAUAAUUUAGUGUCCACCGUGGCAGUGACCCAGGUCUCCGCGGUAACCAGUGAUGCCGCAGGCUCCUCUUACUCCAUCAGUGGAAUUCUGGGAAUCAGCUCAGCGGCUGAUGCGAGCAAGAGAAAGAGAGAUGAAAAUCUUCAGGAUUCUUCGCUGGCAAACGGCCACGCCCACUCAGGGCGGGACUUCCUGCGCAAGCAGAUGCGGGGGGAGCUCUUCACCCCACAGCAGCUCGAGGUACUGGACUGCGUGUUCGAUCCUGACAUUUAUCCCACCCCUGAUACCAACAAGCCCGCCCAGACGGCUGAUUACUCGGCGAUGGCGUCUCUGGCCGGCGGCCUAGAAGAGAUGAAGAGCAGUCUGGCCAAUCAGACGGCAGCGGAUUUGGGCCCAAGUGUAGCAGGACCUCAGAGUUACCCGCUAGUGUCAGGUCGUGAUCUAGGCAGCACCACGCUUCCAGGUUACCCGCCUCACGUUCCCCCAGCUGGCCAGGGCAGCUACUCAACCCCAUCACUCACAGGAAUGGUGCCCGGGGGUGAGUUCUCGGGCAGUCCGUACUCCCACCCACAGUACUCCACAUACAACGAGUCAUGGAGGUUUGCCAACCCGAGCCUGCUGGUGUUCCAGCAGGAGUAUGGCUCUCUUCUAGGCUCAGAAAGAGCAGCUUCUUCAAGCCUUUUUCCCGGCCAGACCACACAACCUGCAGGAUCUCCGUAUUACUACGGCGCAGCCACACGGGGUUCAGGACCUGCAGCCACGGCCACGGCCAGCGCCUACGAUCGCCACUGAGAGGAGAGGAGGAGUGAAAAUGAGAAGGAGGAGCGCUACAUGGCGUGAAGGAGAGGACAGACGAACAGAGAGAGGGAGAGACUACGUCUUUUUUCACAUCAGUGAAGCUUGCGUCCUUUUAUUCAGAACUUUUGCUUGACCAAACACACACACAGACGUUAAUCACCACUAGUACCGGGAUCUCCAAAAAUCCCAUUACAUUAGUAAGCACCUUUUUCUAUGGUAGCAAUUAAUGAAAUGAUGACGUACACAACAUUCCAUUGCUGUAAUAAAAAGAAUUGAAGUUUUUUUUUUAAAUUACAUAUGUCAAAGUCAUAUUAUACUGCGAACUGCACAGAAUUGUUGUAUGUGAUUUAUAAAAGGCGGCGCGUCGAAGCACCUCUUCUCUUUCUCUGUGUAGAUAAAUGCUCUUAACUCGUGUACAAAAUGCCCUGUACGUUUGUCAGAUUUAAAGCUAUUUAUGAUGGAGACAGAGUAAUAUAUAUAUUAAAAAAAAUGUAUGUGUAAAAGUUUACCACGGACACAAGUUCCAAUUCUACCAGGAGACGUUUUUUUCUUUUUUUUUUUAAUUCUCAGCCUGUUUUUGGUACAAUUCCAGUGUUUUGCUCCUAUAAGAUAAGAUUGGAGGACUGCUCACUGGGAAAAGAGAAGCAUGGCUAUUUUUAAUGAAACUGCCUCUGGCAAUAUAAUUGGCUGAAUUUAAAGGUUUCGUAGACAGGUAGCAUUUUUUUUCCAAACAACGUUACUGUGUUUUUACGGUACUUGGCCGCAUACACAGACACACAAUUCUGUAUUUUUUAUUUGAACAAAACAUGAUGGUCAUUUUGAAACCGUUAUAAGACUGGCUAAUUUCUGAGAAAAAAAUUUAAGCCAGCUCAUUAAGGAGGGAUUUUGUCUAGCCUGAACUUCCUCAACAGGAAAUGAUGUUAUUCACCUUUAGGAAAAACAAACAAACAAACAAACAAACAAACAAACCACAGUCCAUGUACAUUUUUGGUUCUCCAAGACAGAAGCGAUGUAAGGUACUAGAUCUAGGUGAAUAAGGUGUACGCUGCAUCUGCUAGGUCCUUUAACUAAUUGAACAAAACGAUGUUCCUUUAAGAAGGAACAACUACAACGACAAGCAUUUGUACCCUUUCGACAUUUUUUCUUUCCUCCACUGGAGAAAGUGCUGUCGGUCUCCUGAACUUCCCCAAAGAUCCAAUUCAAGACAGUAAACAUGAAGACAAAUCAUUUGGCGAUACGUUCUUCCUUCCCUCCCUCCCUCUCUCUCUCUCUCUCUCUCUUUUAUUUUCUCCAAGUGCUCGUUCAUUCAUUCUGCGCCAAGACAAUGCAUGAAACCGUGGUGAAGGCCUUAGCGAACUCAAACGCAACCUGUACAUAGCGCCAUCUUGACAAAAUCGUCCCUCGUGUGUCCUGUUAAAGAUGUACAAUACAGCGAUCGUUUACUGCCAUGCAAGCUUUUUGGAUCCCAGUAUACAUAUCUAACUUUAGAUUCUAGUGGAUGAGGAAAGAAACGUGUCCUUUAUUUAGCUAUCGUUCGUGGUGUGUGUUCCCACAUCUUGAUUUUUUUUUCCCUUUUGGAUACGCUGUGCAUUUCCGAGUAGCUUUUUUACCGAGUGGAGAACAUUGUAGAUUUAGUAGUCACGAACACCAAAACUUUUGAUGUGAAAUGUGAGGAAAAAAAAAACUAUAUCUAUGAAUAUACAAUAUAUAUAAAGACGCUGAUAGUUUUCACUUUUUUAUGUUCUGAACUGUAACGUAGCAUUAGAAAUACCUUCGUUCGUAGACCUUAAGUUGCGUGUUACGCAACUCUAAAGAAACCCUUGAUGCCGUUCGCCACAACGCUCCUGGCGACCUUUGAACCUUUUAGUCUGAGGCAUUAUGAACCUGAAAUACACCAGCUGAAAUCGAGGACAGUGCCUUUACUUUUUCUAUCGAGUCAUCCCGAAUGACCACGCGUCACUAAAAUACGAACACAAGGUCAUAGGACCGCGCCAAUCAACAGAUCCACCAGUGCCACUGACCAGACGUGUGUUUCAGGCUGAAGAAAACGAAUGCAGAUCUUUAAAUCAGAGAGGCUAAUUAAUCAAUCACCGAACACACGGAUUAAACCAAACAAACGAGGCCAAGUCUGUCGCGAGUAGAAAUCUGUACCGUAUUAUAACACUGUGGUGUUUUGACAAAAAUGAGUGCAAAAUCUAAGUAGCAAUUUUGUUCACUUUUAUAUAAAAUGAUCCUAACUGCAAACUCUGA